CGGGUGGCGCAGCCGGAAGGGGCGGAGCUGAGACGGCGGCGGCUGAGGAGGCAGCGGUGGCGGCGGCGGCGGCUCUGGAGGCCGCGGUCCUGGUCCUGGCUUCGGCCCCAGCCCCACCAUGGUGACGCUCGCUGAGCUGCUGGUGCUCUUGGCCGCUCUUCUGGCCACGGCCUCGGGUUACUUCGUCAGCAUCGACGCGCAUGCCGAGGAGUGCUUCUUCGAGCGGGUCACCUCGGGCACCAAGAUGGGCCUCAUCUUCGAGGUGGCCGAGGGCGGCUUCCUGGACAUCGACGUGGAGAUUACAGGGCCCGAUAAUAAAGGAAUUUAUAAAGGAGACCGAGAGUCCAGUGGGAAAUACACAUUUGCUGCUCACAUGGAUGGAACGUACAAGUUUUGUUUUAGCAAUAGGAUGUCUACCAUGACUCCAAAGAUAGUGAUGUUCACCAUUGAUAUCGGGGAGGCUCCCAAAGGACAAGACAUGGAAACAGAAGGUGGUGGAGAUACCUGGGAUGCUCACCAGAACAAGCUAGAAGAAAUGAUUAAUGAGCUGGCAGUGGCGAUGACAGCUGUAAAGCAUGAACAGGAGUACAUGGAAGUUCGGGAGAGAAUACACAGAGCAAUCAACGACAACACAAACAGCAGAGUGGUCCUUUGGUCCUUCUUUGAAGCUCUUGUUCUAGUUGCCAUGACAUUGGGACAGAUCUACUACCUGAAGAGAUUUUUUGAAGUCCGGAGGGUUGUUUAAAAAGCCUUUUCCUGAUGAUCUCAAAAUCAUAAUUCACUGUUUACCAAACAUCUUGGUGAUAAUGAUGUCAUUAGUUUCUACAUUUUUAUUUUUGAAACUGUACAUUCACAGCUUAUGUUUCUUUGUGAUUAAUAGAUAUUGGGGGAAAACACCUUUUUAGGAAAGUUAGAGUGAAAAUUUGACACUUGAUUGGCAUAAUUUCUUAUUUGAAUUCUGCCUCCAUCAUCCAGGUCUGUCAGAACUCCCCAACACUAUAAAUGAAACACAGGCAUAUAGUCCUGAUUAUAUCUUCUUUCCAUGUGUUUUCAUGAAGUGCAGUUCAGGAAAGUACUUCAUGGAUAGUACUUCACUUAAAUGACUGCAUUCUUUGGCUCUCUUAUCCUGCAGUUCAAGUCAUUAAAGAUUCUUUUUGUUGAAUCCUUAUGAGAAACAACAGUCUGAAUCUUGACAUUUUCUACCCAGCCUCCUGGCAGAGCUCUGACUGGAGUGUGGCCAGGUUGGUACUUUGAUACUUGUCUAUCUUAUUUUUGCUUUAAAGAUUAGACUUAACCACAUUUCCCCCCUAAAUUUGUGUUUUAAACCUUAGGACUCAAUCACAUCCAAUUAAAUUGAUGACACAAGCAGCUAAUAACCAUUUUUUGGUUUCUGCCUAACUUUGCAAGCAGUCUCUACUAAAGCCGGUUCUCUGGAUGUUGCAGGCAAUGGUAGCUCUUUUCUUUCUGUGCUGGCACAUCCACUUUCUCUGCUCUUGGCAUGUAGGAAGUGUGCGUUCAUAAAAUUGGAAACAUCUGGAUUUCUGAUGCCAAAGGGUUAAAGCCUCUUGGAUUUCAUUGCAAUGAUAUACAGCCACUAUUUUAUUUUUGAUCAGUGGCAUUUUUGCCACUGUUUAAUUAGGGUACUGGACAUCACUGUCAGUACUAGGAUUUUGUUUUUGUUUUUUGGGUCUUUCUUGGCACAUGUGGAUUUUGUUUUGUAUAAAAUGAAAUGACUUUUUUUUUGGUCUCUGAUGAUGGGUUUAAAAUUAAAGGAGCAUCUGGUCGCGGUGUGGGGGUGAUCCAGGAUUAUGUUGUGACUGAUGUAUAUUAGUUACUUGUACAUUUUUUCCGGAUCUUUACAAGGAGAAAGCUACAAGUAACGAGUUUUGUAUAAUUAAUUUAAAUUUGUUACAGGUUUUCAUGUUCAGGAUAAACAAUUUUUCAACCUUUGGUGAAAAUACUUGCAACAGUUUAAGGUGACUGUAUUUUACCUUAAGACAACAGUUGCAAUGCCAAUUUUUUUUUUUUUUUUUUUUGGGUGUGUGUGAAAACACUUCAAAAUUGAAUUAAAAGAUGUACAUUUAAAAUUGGUUGUGUAUCUAAUCUUCCCCAAGUUCAGUAAAUAAACAAUUCUUUUUAAAAACAG